AUGAGCAAGAUCAUCGUCUAUGAGCAUUUUAACUUUCAAGGCAGGAGCAAAGAGUUUACGUCUGAUGCCCCUGACUUAAUUGCAGAGGGUUUUAAUGACAACAUUUCCUCUAUAAAGGUGAUCGGAAAUCCAUGGCUGGCAUACACAGAUUGCUUUUUCAAAGGUGAGCAGUACAUCUAUGAGGAAGGAGAAUAUCCUGCCGUGGAAAUAAAUGAUUCUAUUUCAUCACUGCAGUUGGUCAGAGGUGACCUGACAGAUCCUCAGAUCACUCUGUAUGAAUAUCCACGUUAUGGAGGCAGGAGUGUUGUCCUCACCACUGAGACCAACUUGAGUCCCUUCAACUUCAAUGAUACAGCAUGUUCUCACAAGGUGCAGAGAGGGUUAUGGAUCCUCUAUGAAAAAGAGAACCGAGGAGGUGUGAAGAUGACUGCCAAAGCUGGUGAAAAUGCUGAAAUAUAUGAAUGGUGGUACAAGAAAGUGAGCUAUGUGCGUCCUCUCAAGGCAGGAAAAUAAGAAGAAUGGAGGUGAAGAAUGGAGGUUCCAGUCAAGAGUUCUGGGAGUGCAGGUGCCAAACGGGGACUCAAUCAUCGCUGAGUACUUGUUAAAUUUCAUGAUCCAGUCUCUGUAAAGUUAAAAUAAUCUGCAAAUGUGAAUGAAAAAGGAAUUUUAAUGAAUAUACAGUACAGGCCAAAAGUUUGGACACACCUUCUCAUUCCUGUGGUUUCUCUUAAUUUUUUUAAAUUUUCUACAUUGUAGAUUAAUACUAAA